AUGGCUUUGUGUCAAAAUCGGUUGCAGGAAGAGCGGAAGCAAUGGCGACGCGACCAUCCGUUUGGCUUCUAUGCCAAGCCAGCGCGCACAAAGGAAGGCGUUUUGGAUCUGAAGAACUGGGAAUGCGGUAUUCCCGGAAAAGAAAAGACCAUCUGGGAGGGCGGUCUGUUCAAGCUGAAUAUCGCUUUCCCUGAUGAGUAUCCGACCAAGCCUCCCAAAUGCAAGUUUGUUCCGCCGUUGUUCCAUCCGAAUGUGUACCCAUCUGGCACCGUUUGCCUCUCGAUUCUCAACGAAGAGGAAGCCUGGAAACCUGCCAUCACGGUCAAGCAGAUUCUUUUGGGAAUCCAGGACUUGCUCAACGACCCCAAUCCCGAGUCACCCGCCCAAGCCGAGGCCUAUAACUUAUUCAAGCGGGACCGAACCGAGUACGAGAAGCGAGUGAAGCGGGUGGUGCGCGAGAAUCCAGCGCCCUAA